AUGGGCGGCGUGCAUGUGGCUGGGACGGCCGAGGGCGGUGGAGUCGAUGCGCCGAAGAGUCAGAUCGCCCCUGAAACCAAUCCUCAUUGGAAGGCAUGUUUGGUUUACUUGUCUGGGGCCCUGGUGCUGCUUGGAAUAGGCCUCUUGCGUGGAAGCUUGGGUGGAGUAUCAUCGGAGGAGCUCCUUCCAAGGUAUGGCGGACACAACAUGGCCCCCGGACCCAAAAUCUUCGUCCGCCACUUGACGCGGUGCUUCGGCCAGCAACUCUGGCUGACGGUGUCCGAAGCCAUUCGCUUCGUGGUACUGGGCACACUGUUGGUGCACUUCUGUAGGCGUCCUCACCUCCCUUCGAAAGGGCCUAACGGGGGCCGCGAAAGUGAAGAGGAGCGCCGCUGGACGAAGCUCGCGGGGGUCCUUCUGUGUUUCUUCUUGCUCCACACCUUGCUGGUCUUGUUGGUCUCCUUGCCUCCGAACCGUCCGCUCCCCCAGCGCGUGGUGGUGCGCGCCUUCUUCACGGCGGAUACCUGGCGCUUGGCACGACAUGUGGCGGAGCUGUUGGCCUCAGUGCUGUUGCUGGGAGGGCGAUGUUUCUACGGUGAUUUGCCCUUGCUGUGCUUUCUCCCCGUGGGCUUAGUGGCCUUGCUACCGGUGGUGCAGCUGCUGCUAUGGUAUAGACCUAGAGAUUGCUGCCGAGAGGCCGCUCUGAUGUUGGGCUGCUUAAUGAGUGCUCCUCUUCUCUUGGCCAUUGAGCUUGGGCAACUGGCUUGGCAAUGCCGAUGGCGUUUCUUCAACGUCCGGGAUGGCCCGCUGCACCUGUUGAUUGCACUCAUCGCUUGUCCCUUAGCCUUGCUCCGCACUUCCCUUACACCGGCGCUGGUGCUCUUCGCGGCACACUCGGCGUUGAUUUCACUCUGCUUGGUCGCCAGGGGCUUCCAGCACUGGAUCCUUGGACGAAGGCGAGUGUUGGCGUUCUCCAAAUCCUGGCCCCUGGUUCCACAGACACUCCAAUCUCACUCACCUGGAAGUGGUUUCUCGGAGGGCACCUUUGCUACUUGGACCAUCCUGGCACCAUGA